AUGAAAGGAUCCAGUGGGACGAAUCUCAUCGCCAACCUGUCCUCAGUGCUUAAGGAUGAGACUCUCUGGGAGAGGCCCCUCGGUUUCCAUCCUGAACACUUCCUAGAUGCCCAGGGCCACUUUGUAAAGCAAGAGGCCUUCAUGCCAUUCGCAGCAGGUCGCAGAGCAUGCCUCGGGGAGCCCCUGGCCCGCAUGGAGCUCUUCCUCUUCUUCACCUGCCUCCUGCAGCGCUUUAGCUUCUCAGUGCCUGCCGGACAGCCCCAGCCCAGUGACCAUGGAGUCGUUGGAACUCUGACAACCCCGUGUCCUUACCAGCUCUGUGCUUUGUCCCGCUAAGUGGAUGUUGAACACCUCACUCACUGUAUUUGCUGGGGUCCUUAUGUGCAAUAAAGCAUCUUACUCUAAA